GUUCUGUGUAAGUGAUCAAUAUUUUCAGAUAUGUUUUACCAAAAAUGUUUAAUACCAUUUUAUGGUUUUUGUUUUUACAUUUUGCAGUGUUUCUGUAAUUGUGUAUUAUAUAUAAUUACAAACCUUUCUUUGAAAAACAGGUGCACUAUUGUUGGAGAAAGACUGUAUUUUUUUUUUUUUUUUUGUAGUCUUACUUAUUGUUUGUUUUUGUCUGGAACAUGGUGAGAACCUUGUAUAAACUGUCCGAGCUGAGAGAGACCAAGUAUGGUCAGCCGCCUCCCAGACACGGUCUGAGCUUGUUGUGGUGGUUUGCUCAUGAUUGUGUUCAGAUUGACUCGAACGGUCGUAUGACUGCAGAGUGUGACCCUGAAAAUGGAGAUUUUGGCUUUCAUCGAUUCCAUAAUAGGGAUAGACUUCUUCCUUACACUAAUCUUCCAUACUAUGAUGUGGGCAACCUGAACUCCAUUCGCUCACUGCCUCGUUAUGUCACUAAAAGUUACACAGGACAGUCAGACAACAGCAACACAGAUCGCAUCAUUGCUUCCUUUGACUCAAGGAGGAAAAAAUUUGUGAAUGUUUAUGUGACACAGCACUCAGAUCGGACCCACUUUGAUCAGAAUCACACCUACUGUAUUAGCACUGAUCUUCUGAAGGACAUUCAAGCCUUGAGCCGUAAAGAUUUCCUCAGAGUACCCACGAUUCAUUCUGAACAUAUAUGCAUAGACAUACAUCAGUCAGUACAGGAAGAAACCUGUCAGAAUAUUAGCAAUGAACUUAUUGAAGAGAUCGAAGAGUCGAACUGUGAAGACUUCCAAAGUGAAACAAUGAAUUCUUCUGAGCAGUUAUCCACAGGCAUACAUCAGUCAGUGCAAAGACAAACCUGUCAGAUUGCUAGCAAUGAACUCGUGAAGUAUAUUAAACAGUUGAACCAUGAAGACUUCCUUCGAGAACCUAUGAAUUGUUCUGAACAUGUACCCAUAGAUGUACUUCAGUCAGUGCAGGGAGAAACCUGUCAGAGUAUAGAAAAUGAACUCACUGAGGAGAUUGAAGAGUCGAACCAUGAAGAGCAUAUGAAUCAUUCUGAGCAGUUAUUCACAGACAUACAUCAGUCAGCACAGAGACAAACCUGUCAGAGUCAGCCCACUUGUGGAAAACGCUCCACUGUACUGAGACGUGUAUUGUAUGCUGUGAUCAUUAUUGCUGCUAUUGUCUGGUAUUUGAAAUAAUGAAAAUAUAGUUUUCAUCCACUGUUGUUAUUCUAG